UCCAGACCGAGUCGCGCUAUGGUUCGGUUUAGGAACCGGUACUUCCUCUGCGAGAUUAUCUCUGAAGACCCUCGCUGUCCACAGUUCAUUGAGGAGCGCAUCGUGCACAAUGCAGUGAAGAAUGCGGUUGCAAGAAUGCAUGGAGACUUUGGAGCCGCUUGUUGCUCUAAUGCUUUUUCAGUAAAAUACCUGAAUGCCUACACAAGAGUGGCUCUUUUCUGUUGCCGGAAAGAUUUUUAUCGGCUUCUGUGGUCGUCCCUUCCUUUUAUUACUCAGUUAGAAAAUAGGAGCCAACAUUGCCCCUGCUCUUUUAACACACUUCAUGUUGGAGCAACAAUACGGUCGUGUCAGACAUUCCUUCAGUACAGCAGGGACCAGCUACUGCUGUGGAACUGUACCAGUGAAGCCGAGAGAGAAGCCAUCCGGAAGUCGGUCCAGAGCUGUGUUGUGGGAGUGGAGCGAUUCCAGGGUGAAGAUGAAGAGAACGAGAUGGACUGAAUUACAUCACCCCUGAAAUGCUUAGUCAAGGAGUGCCUCUCACGGGCAAGGACCAGCACCUUUUCUCCAUUUUUUAUAUUUAAUUU